UAUACGUGAUAGCUUACGAUACGGGCCAAUGAAAAAUUGACACGCGCGGAAUACAACUAUAAGACGAUUAUCUACACAAGCCAAAUAGUCGAAGUUUGAUUUGAGGCAUUCCGUGGUAUUUCUAGUUUAAUAAGUUCUUAUUUAAUUAAUUAAAAAUGAUAUUUUUAUCAGAAACGAUACCAUUACUAUUAUCUUUAAUAAGUUUAUUUUUCGUAGGAUCUACAACAGCCAAAGGAACUAAAUAUGUAACAUAUGGAUCAGUUAUUAAAUUAAUGAACGUUGACUUCAAUGUAAGAUUACAUUCUCAUGAUAUCAGAUAUGGGAGUGGUAGUGGACAACAAUCAGUGACAGGUAUAGAAGUUAAAGAGGAUGGUAAUUCGUACUGGCUUGUAAAAGCAGAAUAUAAAAAACAAUAUAUUCGUGGGAAGCCGAUUAAAUGCGAUGAUAUAAUUAGAUUAGAACAUGUAGCAACAAAAAAGAAUUUACAUUCGCAUUUAGUUACUUCUCCAUUGAGCGGUAAACAAGAGAUAUCUGCUUUCGGGGAUUACAGAAGACCAAGCGAUAGCGGAGACAAUUGGCAAAUAAUAUGCCAAACUGAUUUUUGGGAGAGGAAUGAUACGGUCAUGUUGAAGCAUGUUGAUACAAAUGCGUAUUUAUCCAUUAGUGGGAGAUCAUAUACCCAUCUUGUUGGUCAAAUGGAAGUAAUAGGUGAUUAUUCGCAUAAUAGUCAACAUUUGCAAUGGAAAACUAUGGAAGGCUUAUUCGUACAUCCAGCUGAUUUUAAAGCACAUCAUUUCGAACACACAGAGUUAUAAAUAUUCAUCAUGUAGAAAUAAUUGUUUCAAGUAAGUAAAGAAAUCUAUUUAUUAUGUCAAUCUAUGAUGUGAAAUACUUGUAGAAUAUGCGACAGAUAUUACUCAUUGUCUUAAUCAUGCGCAUAAAUUUAUUACAAAACGAAUGGAAAAAAAAAUAAAUAUUAGGAAAAAACA